AUGGAAAAGAUUGAACAUGAAUUGCAGGCAGUCGAGACGCCUCGCUCAACCGCUCUCGAGGCCUGGCUCGCUGAUUACCUUCGCCACAAGGCAGAUCAAUGUGACUCCAGUUCCUAUCCCGUCUCAGACGUUACGUCAGAUGAGAUCGAUGUGGAUGCAAUCGAAAUGCGAGUGAAGCAGCUCAUGAAAGACAUCCAUGUGACCGCUGGAUUCUGCUCCCGGUGCUCCCAUCUCCUCCAGCAUUGGCCAAACCUCAGUAGGAACAUAGAUUGGGACUACGCCGUGGGCCAAACAUACAGCACGGAGGAGGUUGAGGCGGCAUCACGACUUGGAUGCAAGCUGUGUGCAUUCCUCUGGACCGGUCUCAAUAAGGACAAUAGCGUCAGCAUCUGUCGGAAGAUUGAAGCAAGGCUGGCAGCUCUCCAUAACCCUGCGAGGUCCGCACUCACCAUCCAGAACUGGGGCACGCUCAACGAUACAGAAAAUAGUGGCUCGCAGCUCCUCUGGUGGAAUUAUCCCGGCAAAAAGGCCACCCACUGCAACAUGGUUGGCGCUCGACUGUUCAAGUUCGAGUCCCAACUCCUUCCACCAGAAACCCAGCUGUGGGAUGAACCCAACGACCCAAUUGAAUUGGCAAAGACGUGGCUCUUGAACUGCAUAGAAUCUCAUGAAACUUGCCGUUUGAAGAAAACUAGUGCGCCGAGUAGGCUGGUUCCCAUUGCUAAUAACAUCGUGAAGCUGGUUGAGACAGAGCUUUGGGAUGAAAUGCCGCAGUAUGCCACUCUUAGCUACUGCUGGGGACGUAUUCCCUUCGUGAAACUGACAAAGGAAACACUACCCACGUUUCUAAACGAAAUCACUUUUGAGAGCCUGCCAAAAACAUUUCAGGAUGCUAUUGAAGUCGCAAGGAGGCUAGGCCUGUCCUUUAUGUGGAUCGAUGCACUCUGCAUCAUACAAGAUGAUGAGGACCAUAGCGACUGGCGCCAGGAAUCUGGACGGAUGAAAUCCAUAUAUAGUGGUUCACAUGUCACUAUCUCCGCGUCAUCGGCCACGGAUGUUAGUCAGGGAUUCUUCCCUUCAUCAUCCCCAAAGUAUAGUGGCGGAUUCAUCGCUCAGGUCCAGGCUGAGGAAUUUACCAGAGUUCAAAACUUUCACUCCACCACUGUCCACGAAGAUUCCACGGUGGACACCCAUCUGGGAGGCCGAAGCUGGGCGUUUCAAGAGAAGCUCCUUUCCCCGCGGACGAUCCAUAUUGGAGACCACGGGGUCUACUGGGAGUGCCAAACUUCGGUCAAAUCCCAAUUUCUCCCUGAGGGAUUCCCCGGCAUGCUCCCGAGAUCGCGCCUCGUCUGCUCCGAGAAAGAGGAAUGGGACUGGCGCGAGAUAGUCAAUAUCUACUCCAAGACAAGUAGAACAUAUGAGUCAGAUAUCUUACCAGCGCUCUCUGGCAUUGCGGCGCGCCAGCACGAUAUUACAGGGGAUAAAUAUCUCGCGGGCCUAUGGAAGAAUGACCUUCUAUCUAUGCUUCCAUGGUUCACCUUCUCCCCGGCCUCAGUCGUCAAGAGACCAGCCUGGCGUGCGCCCACAUGGUCUUGGGCUUCUGUGGAGGGUCCUUGCAUUAUAUCAUACAUGAUCGCAGACACGGACCUGAAGCCCCAAGCCCGGCUUCUAGACGCGUGGACGAAGACUGUUGAUGACUACCCGUUUGGUGCAGUCGUGGAUGGAGAGAUUACACUAGCAUGUUCCUCUCUCAUUAUGGCCAACUUGAAUUACGCCGGCAUUGAAAAAUACCACCACAAGUUACAUAAUCCAGAGGAGAUGCUUAGAAAAAAGCAACGGCCGUACCUCACUCUGUCAGGGCUGGAGUCGAAUCCCUUGCCAGUUUCGAUCGAUUGCCUGGAAAAUGAGAUGCUUGGUAAAGAGGAAGGAAUAUAUCUGCUCCCUCUCUACGAUGGAGUGGGCGGUGCCAUGAGAAGAUCUGAGGGGGACAGCGACGAAGAAAUGGAAGUUGAUUCGGAAGACGAGGCAGCAAACUCUGACGUGGGCGAGAUGAAAGCACCUCCAUCCUUGGAUUCGAGGGGUUCGGCGAGUUCAAAAAUCAGUGUCGGUGGAGAGUGGAUAGACGAAUUGUUUGUUACUGGGCUUGUUCUGAGGCCAGUUACUGACCUUACCGGUCAUUACACGAGGAUUGGCCAGUUUAGCUUCAGCAACUUUCCCAACGAGGUUGUGGGAUAUCAAGAUGAGGAUAGAAACUUUUACAGAGAGACUAAGGAUUUCUUCCAAAGCACGGGCGAAGCGACUGCCAAGUUGGCUUGUAUCAGAACGGAUGUCAGCGAUGAGGACCCGGAGCAAAAGUUUGUAAUCAGUAUCAAAUAG